AUGUCAUCUGCCAUCGAUAGUCGUUUCUUAGCUAGAGAUAAUGAUAUCAACUAUAACCUACAAUCCCGUUUUCGGCCAAACCACUUGCCAAACAGGAAACCUGGCAAUUUACUGAAAAGAAGAGAGCCAGUCGCUUCCUAUAACACCAUACAGAACACACAGUAUCGUACAAACCAGCGUUUGUCAGGGGCUCUUCCCCUCCCUCCGAGUUAUGUACCAAGAUCUACGCCAGCUCCAGUGAUGCAGCGUCCUCAUUCAGCGAUAGCAAACCCGAGAUAUUACAGACCACAAUCUAUGCAACAGCCAAGAAAGUCUUAUUAUCAAGGUGAACCUGCUUCAAGAAAAGCCAAACCUAAUUUCUCUUUUGAAACACUGCAACAAGAGUCACGACCAUCCGACCCUGGCAAUGAUGACAAUCUUGAUGAUGAUAUCAUGAAACAAAUGAGGGAAGCUGAAAUGCUUGUCAACAAAGCUAAGCAGCUCGCUAGUAAAGCUAACGAAGAGGCUAAAAGGAGAAAGAAAGAUGCUGAGAAUAGGAAAAAGCAAGAAGAAAUGAUCAGGAAACAACAAAUUACACAACAGAGAGAGAGAAAGCAGAAAAAAGACCAGCCUAAACCAAGAGAAGAACCCCAGAGCAGAGUUGGAGAGCGGAAAAUCGGCGGAAAAUUGCAGCAUGAGAAAAUGCUUGAUAUUAAGAGACAAGAAACCGCUUUAUUAAAUAAAACUAAACCAAGAGAGUGUCUUAAGAGCGAAGAAGCGAAAGAACCAAGAUCUAGGAAGGAUAACAAUAAAUCCAACGUAGAAGAUGAUAAUGGUUCAAAAAUCAAGUAUAAAUCAAGACAAGCUAAACAAGACAACACAAAACCAACUCAGCAGAGUGAUAUUGCUGUUAAAUCUUCCAAUUCAAAGGCCAACCUAAACAUUACUCAGAGCACUCUCUACCUAUCAUCUUGUGACCAAGAUAAAGUCCUCCCAAACACCCCAAUUAACAAAAGAAGAUCUUCAAAUCCAUCUAGGAUUAAUUCAGAUACAUCCAGGAUUAUUUCAAAUCCAUCCAGGAUUAUUUCAAAUCCAUCCAAAAUUAUUUCAAAUCCAUCCAAAAUUAUUUCAAAUCCAUCCAAAAUUAUUUCAAAUCCAUCCAAAAUUAUUUCAAAUCCAUCCAAAAUUAUUUCAAAUCCAUCCAAAGGCUCUAGUGGAAAGACUCCUUCCGAUAUUGUUGAUAAUGAUAAAUUGUCCCAUUGCUCGGUUGUCGAGGUUUCACAAUCCAAACAAAAAUUGGUGAGGCAAACAUCAAACAUCCCGGAUUCUAAUACUUCAAAAAUUGACUUUAUUAUAACGAACUUCGCUAUGGCUGGGCCACAAAUCUAUAAUGAUGAUGAUGAUGAUGAUGAUGAUGAUGAUGAUGAUGAUGAUGAUGAUUGGGAAGAUAUUGAUGACAAUGAAGAAGCUCAACAGAUUUUAUGUCAACCUGAGUAUUCUAACCUGAAUAAGAAAUCCAUGAAAAGUUUGUUGAAUAUAAAAAAAGUUUUCACGGGAGUUGCAAGUUCUUCAUCUGUUACUAAUAUCAGCAAUCCUCUUGAUGUUUCAAUUAGCACUAAUACUACGGCACCAGGUUGUUUAUCAGCAAAAUCAUUGAAGUUUUCCUUACCAUCCGUUCUUACCUCCUCAAAGCCGAAAUUCCUCAGCUUCAAGAAUAAGGAGGUUACAAAUCCAGUUGACUCUGAGUUCAAUAAUUUGAAGGUUUGUGCCAUCAGUGACGAUAGUCCUAUGUUUGGAAAUGCUGAGUUUGAUAAAAAUUUCUUUGAUGAAAGCUCAUUUACUUUUGAGAAUAAUGUUGAAGACGUUAGAGAUGAGCAAGACUAUACAUACGAAGAUUUUCAAAGAGAGAAUGCCUAUUUAGCGGAUAUUCCAUCUCCUACUCCCCAAGUCAAAGCUCCAAGACCUAAGAAGAGAGUCUCUCGUAUCUCGAAUGCUGCUAAAGGACUUAGAACUCCAGAAACUCCAUUUGAAUUCAACACUGACGGCUUUGAUUACUUACAGAACUAUAUUGAAGUUGGACAAUCAAAUGAUGCAAUGUCUUUGCCCUCCUUGGCCUCUUCAAAUACUGAUUCUACUACUGAUGAGAUUCCAGAAGUAUUCACUCCAUCCAAGAAAUAUGAUUGCGUUUCUAAUGGUUCUCCACUUACAUUUCUAUCAUCUCCAAGCUCCGGUUUAAAAUCAGCGUUGAAAAAGACGGCUUCACUAUCAGAUGCUAGCUAUGUUAGUCAAGCCAAUUCCGUCUCUUUUUCAAACACAGUUCAUGUCUCAAGGACCUGGUCCAAAACAACAUAUGAUAGACAAACUGAUAAUCACAAUACUUGCCUAUAUUUAACUCCAAAAUUGAUUGAGACAAUUAAAGUAGAAUUGAAUCAAUUCAAAAAGAUGAUGCCAGUUCAUGAGGAAAGUAGCCAAAAUACCCAUUUCUUUAUUGUUUAG